GCCGCUGUUGGUAGCGAGGACGGGUGGUGUGGAACCGCGGGUCGCGGGCGCUCGCCGCCUGCCACAGCUCAGCCCAGCGUCGCCGAGGCUGUGAGCCCCGAGCCUCCGCCAUGGACUUCGAAGACGAUUAUACACACUCUGCUUGCAGAAAUACUUAUCAGGGCUUUAAUGGAAUGGAUCGUGAUUAUGGCCCCGGAUCUUAUGGAGGGAUGGACCGUGACUAUGGCCAUGGAUCCUAUGGGGGUCAAAGAUCCAUGGACUCCUACCUAAACCAGUCAUAUGGCAUGGACAAUCACAGUGGUGGUGGUGGGGGUAGCAGGUUUGGACCUUAUGAGUCUUACGACUCCAGGUCUUCUCUGGGUGGGCGAGAUCUGUACAGAUCUGGCUAUGGUUUUAAUGAACCCGAACAAAGCCGCUUCGGAGGUAGUUAUGGUGGUCGAUUUGAGAGCUCCUACCGGAAUAGCCUUGACUCUUUCGGAGGUAGAAACCAGGGCGGGUCUAGCUGGGAAGCACCUUACUCCCGUUCAAAAUUGAGGCCUGGGUUUAUGGAGGACAGAGGAAGAGAGAAUUACUCUUCCUACAGCAGUUUUUCUUCACCCCAUAUGAAGCCUGCACCUGUAGGCUCUCGGGGGAGAGGAACGCCUGCUUAUCCUGAAAGUACGUUUGGAAGCAGAAACUAUGAUGCUUUUGGAGGACCAUCAACAGGCAGAGGCCGAGGCCGAGGACAUAUGAGUGAUUUUGGAAGCAUUCAUAGACCUGGAAUUGUUGUUGACUAUCAAAACAAACCCACCAAUGUGACAGUUGCUGCUGCAAGAGGAAUAAAGAGAAAAAUGAUGCAACCAUUUAAUAAGCCUGGUGGAACCUUUAUCAAGAAACCCAAGCUAGCAAAGCCUGUGGAGAAGAUGAGCCUCAGCAAAUCACCCACAAAAACUGAUCCUAAAAAUGAAGAAGAAGAAAAGCGACGUAUUGAGGCUCGGCGAGAAAAACAAAGGCGCAGAAGAGAAAAAAACAGUGAGAAAUAUGGAGAUGGAUACAGAAUGGCAUUCACAUGUUCAUUUUGUAAAUUCCGAACGUUUGAAGAAAAAGAUAUUGAGCUACAUCUGGAAAGUUCUUCACACCAGGAAACAUUGGAUCAUAUUCAGAAACAAACCAAAUUUGAUAAAGUAGUUAUGGAGUUUUUGCAUGAAUGUAUGGUGAAUAAAUUCAAGAAAACAUCUAUUCGUAAACAGCAGACAAAUAAUCAAACAGAAGUAGUUAAAAUAAUUGAAAAAGAUGUUAUGGAAGGUGUUACUGCAGAUGAUCACAUGAUGAAAGUGGAGACUGUUCACUGCAGUGCAUGCAGUGUGUAUAUCCCUGCUUUGCAUAGUUCAGUGCAGCAGCACUUAAAAUCUCCUGAUCAUAUCAAAGGGAAGCAGGCUUAUAAAGAACAAAUAAAAAGAGAGAGUGUCUUGACUGCUACAAGCAUUUUAAAUAAUCCAAUAGUGAAGGCGCGAUAUGAACGUUUCGUUAAGGGUGAGAAUCCUUUUGAAAUUCAAGAUCAUUCUCAAGAUCAACAAAUAGAAGGAGAUGAGGAGGAGGAAGAAAAGAUUGAUGAACCUAUUGAAGAAGAGGAGGAGGAGGAGGAGGAAGUGGAGGAAGUGGGGGAAGUAGAGGAAGUAGAAGAAGUGGAGGAAGCAGAGGAAGUGGGAGAAGGAGGAGGAGUGGAGGGAGUGGGAGACACAGAGGAAGCAGGGGACCAGGAGGCAGUGGGGGAAGGAGAGGCAGCCGGGGAGGGAGAAGCAGUGGGGGAGGGAGGAGUGGGGGAAGGAGAGGAAGUAGAGGAAGAAGCAGCAAAGGAAAAGCCUGUUGACUUCCCUGUUGACCAACCUGAAGAAAAUUAA